CAGCCGGAGAGACGUGCUCGGUAGCCAGAGGGCUGAGGACGAUGCCCGAGAACCUCUGGCUGAGGCGCAGGGUUCGGAGCAGCCCUUUCCGCGCUAGCUUCCUCCCGGUGCAUUUCUUUGGGUCGCAGUGCCCGAGCUCCCACAUGGCAAGAGGGCAAGGGAGCUUCGCCACUGGGCCGCCCCCAUCGCCCUCCAGGCAAGCUGAAAACAGCAGCAGCGCGUUAGUUCCCAGCGGCCACGCGGCCCGAACAGGCUUCAGGGCAGGCCCCGCAGCCGCUCUGCCCACACCCCGCGGUCGCUCCCGCACCUGUCAGCGCAGCCUCCGCUUCCGCCGCGAAGGCGUCGAGGCUGCCAGCGCCACGCCGCCUACCACGCCGCGAGGAAGCCGGCCGGCCACGCUCCCCGGCUCCGCGCUCCAUGGCUCCGCGGCUGGGCGGAGCGGCCGGCUCCGCGCCCUUCCGUUUCCAGCGGAAGGAGCGAUGGCGGCGGCCCGGCUGCUGCUGGUGGCGCUGGGCGCGGCGCUGGGGCCCUUCUCUUUGGCGGGGAAGAUGAAGAUCGUGGAGGAGCCGAACACGUUCGGGCUGAAUAACCCCUUCUUGCCUCAGACAAACAGGCUGCAGCCAAAGACGUCCCCGUCCGCAAUAUCAGGCCCUGCACAUCUCUUUAGGCUUGCUGGCAAGUGUUUCAGUUUUGUGGAAUCAACGUACAAGUAUGAGUUUUGUCCUUUCCAUAAUGUCACUCAGCAUGAGCAGACUUUUCGAUGGAACGCCUAUAGUGGGAUUUUAGGAAUCUGGCAUGAAUGGGAAAUUGACAACAACACAUUCACUGGAAUGUGGAUGAGGGAAGGAGACUCAUGUGAAACCAAGAGCAGACAGACAAAGGUUCAUCUUGUUUGUGGAAGGAGCAAUAAAUUGGCUUAUGUGUCUGAGCCAAGCACUUGUGUUUACUCUCUGACAUUUGAGACUCCUCUUGUGUGCCACCCCCACUCUCUUUUAGUUUAUCCAACUCUGACUGAAGCACUACAAAAGAAGUGGGAUGAAGCAGAGCAGCUUCUGUAUGAUGAACUAAUAACUGACCAGGGUUACAGAAAAAUACUGAAAGAGAUUUUUGAGGAAGCAGGACUUCUAAAAGCAACAGAAGAAAAGGAAGUUGAGAAACAGAAUAAGAAAAUAAGCUUUGAAUUUGAAACAGUGGAGAAGUGCAGUAAGGAAUACAAGCAACUUUCUAAUGAAAUAAAAACCCUGAAAGAUUUAUUAAGUCAGCAUGGUAUUGCAUACAAAGGAAAUUUUGCUGAAAAUACCAGCGCUGAACAUGUAAGUCACAAACUGGCAACUGCAAUGACAACUGUUCUUAAUUGGUCAAAGGAUGAUGAACACCUCCAUGGCGAUACAGGAGUUUGGAAUGACACUGUAUGAAGAAACUUGGGUGGUAAACAGUGAGCGUGUAUGGAGCAUCAAGCAAGUUGAAUGUGUAUCAUGCCACUGAGAUGACUUACCUUCUGCCGGUAUUCUCAGCUUCCUGAAUUUCUGCCUUAAAGCCAAACGAGCGAGGGCUUUCCAUUGCUGAGAACACUUGGCUGAUUUCUGAGAACAUUUGUAAAACGUCUUUGCUACAGCUGCUGUUGGGCAGAGGUUUACAGGUUCUGUGCCUCCAGCCCUGGCUUUCCUUUCUUUGAUCAAGCAUGGUACCAGGUGGUGUAAAUACGAAACAGUUCAAGGCCAAUGCUGUAAGGUGUUGUAUGAAAUGUAAUAAGUUUAACAUUAAGAAUAC